UAUAUCUUAUCUGCAAUUAUUCAUACCAAGAGUAAUAUGCUGUUAGAUGAAAAAAGUUAACUUGAGCCUACUUUACUUUCAACUUUCUCUAAAUAUUAAAAGAUGCAACUCUUCUUCUUCCCAACUAUGCCAAGAUAAACAGUCAAUUUCGCCUCUAUGAACUCAAACAACAUGGAAGAAAACGCCAUCUGUCAUGUGGUUGCAAUGCCUUUUCCAGGGCGAGGCCAUAUCAACCCCAUGAUGAAUCUCUGCAAGUUAUUAACGGCAAAAAAUCAAGAUAUCGUCAUCACCUUUGUUGUCACCGAAGAGUGGCUAGGCUACAUCAGCGCCGAUCCUAAGCCUGAUAACAUUCGUUUCAGAACAAUACCUAAUGUCAUCCCGCCUGAGAAGCUUAAAGCUCAAGAUUUUCUUGGUUUCUAUGAAGCUGUCAUGACAAAGAUGGAAGCUCCAUUUGAGCAGCUGCUUGACCAUCUUGAACCACCGGUGACUGCCAUCAUUGGCGAUAUAGAGGUACGAUGGGCAAUCGGUGUCGGUAGUAGGAGGAAAAUUCCAGUGGCUGCACUUUGGACCAUGUCAAUAUCAUUUUUCUGUAUGCUCUAUCAUUUUUGUCAGUUCUCAAGAGAACAGGAUUCAAUCUUUGAUUUCCUAGAUGAUGUGGAGUACAUCCCAGGAAUUUCUUCAUCAAAUCUAGCGGACCUUAAAGCAGUGUUCCAAAGAAAUGAUCAUGGAGUGUUGCAGCUUGCCCUGGAUUGCAUUUCUAGGGUGCCAAAAGCACAAUAUCUUCUAUUCACUUCUAUCUACGAGCUUGAACCCCAAGUUACCAACAAUUUAAGGGAAACUUUUCCUUUUCCUGUGUACCCUAUUGGCCCUGCUAUACCUUACCUAGAACUUGAGCAAAACAACUAUGGAACUAGUAAUAGUACUAAUGAUGAUGGCUAUAUACAGUGGCUAGAUUCUAAACCAGCAGAUUCAGUACUGUACAUCUCAUUAGGCAGCUUCCUCUCUGUUUCAAGUACGCAAAUGGAUGAAAUUCUUGCUGGCUUGCAAAAUAGCAAUGUUAAUUUCGUGUGGGUGGCUCGUGGAGAAGCUUCUCGUUUGAAAGAAAUUUGUGGAGAUAAAGGGUUGGUACUGCCUUGGUGUGACCAAUUAAGGGUGUUGUGCCAUUCUUCUGUAGGUGGUUUCUGGACACAUUGCGGAUGGAAUUCCACUCUAGAAGCUGUUUUUGCUGGGGUUCCUAUGCUUACUUUUCCCCUAUUUUUGGAUCAAGAUCCUAACAGUAACCAAAUUGUGGAAGAUUGGAAAAUUGGAUGGGAGGUGAAGAGAGAGAUUGGAACUCAAAAAUUUUUGACAAGAGAAGAAAUUGCUGAAGUUAUAAAAAGGUUUAUGGAUUUGAAUAGCGAUGAGGGUAUAGAAAUAAGAAGAAAAGCAAGACAACUUAGAGAUAUUUGUCAAGGAGCUACCACAGAAAGCGGAUCAUCUGUAAUCAACCUUACUGCAUUCAUUCAAGACAUUUCACAAGGACAUAACCAUUGAUCA